UUGUGGGUCACCAACACUUUUUGUUAAAUAAAGAAAGAAAAAAUCUAAACCAAAAAAUCAUCAUUCAAGUUCAAAAACACAUAGCAGAAAAGAAAAAAAGAAAAAAACACUCACUCUUUCUCUGCUUUCUUCAACUGGUGCUGUUAAUAUCAGUACAGUGUGAUGAGUUCUACAAAGAACGUGGCAAACGCGGUUGGUGGCAGAACCGCCAGAGCCUGUGACAGCUGCAUAACCAAGAGAGCACGGUGGUACUGUGCUGCCGACGAUGCUUUCCUAUGUCAAGCUUGUGACUCCUCUGUUCACUCUGCAAAUCCACUAGCUCGCAGGCAUGAGAGGGUGCGGUUGAAAACAGCGUCGUACAAGUCUGGUGGUGGUGGUAGUGAGCCGUCGUGGCACGGUGGCUUCACUAAGAAAGCGAGAACGCCAAGGCAGGGGAAAGGUAUGAAACAGAGGAACAACCCGUUUCAUCUGGUGCCGGAGGUGGGGUUGGAUGAGGUGAAUUCCAAUUCUCAUGAAGAGAAUGAGGAGCAUGAGCAGCUUCUGUACAGGGUUCCGGUUUAUGAUCCUUUUGUGGGGGCUGAGCUAUGCAGCACUCCGAAUUCUUCUUUGAAUUCAGCUGUGGUGGCAGUGGCAAAUGCUUCUGAUUCAGAUUCUGGUCCUAAGGUUCAGGAGGAUUAUGAGUUGGAAAGCUUGCAGGGGAUUCUUAUUCCUUCUGAUGUAGAGCUUGCUGAGUUUGCUGCUGAUGUUGAGAGCUUGUUGGGGAGGGGGUUGGAAAAUGAGUGCAUGGGGAUGGAAGAGUUGGGGCUGAUUGAUGCUAGCAAACAAGAGGAGUGGGAGUGUUCUGUGGGUAGUGAGAAGGUGAAGGUGGAAGAGGAAGAGGGACAACAAGUGGGUGGUGGGGAGAUGGGAAGAGAAUCAAUAUCUUUUGAGUUGAAUUUUGAUUAUGAUGAUUCUCUUGAAACAUGUGAGGAUGAGGUGAAGGAGAUUAAUGGUGAUGAUGAUAUGGGAAAGGGUAGUUCAGAGUUGAUUAAAGAAAAUGGAAAAAGGAAGAUUUUGCAGCUUGAUUAUGAUGCAGUGAUCAUUGCCUGGUCUGGCCAAAAGUCUCCUUGGACAACUGGUGCUAAACCAGACUUGGAUCUUGAAGAGUUCUGGCCUGAAUGCAUGGGAACUUGUGGAACAGAGGUUCAACAUCCUUAUGGUGGUGAAUGGAGCAGUGGAUUUGGGUGUCAUCCUGCAGUAAUGGCAGAUGGUGGCAGAGAGGCAAGGGUGUUAAGAUACAGAGAAAAGCGGCGAAGAAGGUUGUUCUCAAAAAAGAUAAGGUACGAGGUUAGGAAAUUGAAUGCAGAGAAGAGACCCAGGAUGAAAGGUAGGUUUGUGAAGAGGGCUUCCUUUGCAGCAGCACCAACCACAUUUCCUUUGCUAAAUAAAUAAGGAUGAACUAGCAAGCAUUCAUUGCUCUACAAGCACAUUUUUGUACAUGUUUGCUAAACGUUGUAUUUUGCUAUUUUAUGUGAGCUUUUGUUUCAUUUU